CUCACACUCUCAUUCUCACUCUCUCUCCCUCUCACUCUCUUUCUCACUCUCUCUCACUCACUCUGUCACUCACACUCUCUCACUCCCACACUCUCAUUCUCACUCUCUCACUCCCACACUCUCAUUCUCACUCUCUCACUCCCACACUCUCUCACUCUCAUUCUCAUACUCUCAAUCUCACUCUCUGUCACACUCUCUCACUCCCACACUCUCACUCACAUUCUCACUCUCUCUCACUCUCAUUCUCACUCUCUCACAUUCUCACACUCUCAUUCUCACUCUCUCAGUCAUACUCUCUCACUCCCACACUCUCUCACACUCUCAUUCUCACUCUCACUCCCAUACUCACACUCUCUCUCACUCCCACUCUCACUCUCAUUCUCACUCUCACUCCCAUACUCACUCACACUCUCUCACUCCCACUCUCACUCACAUUCUCACUCUCUCCCUCUCAUUCUCACACUCUCUCUCACACUCUCAUUCUCACUCUCUCACUCUCAUUCUCACACUCUCAUUCUCACUCUCUCACUCCCACACUCUCACUCACAUUCUCACUCUCUCUUUCUCACUUUCUCUCCCUCUCACACUCUCUCUGUCUCACUGUCUGUGUGUGUGUGUCUGUGUCUGUCUCUGUGUAUGUAUCUGUCUGUCUGUCUCUGUGUGUGUCUGCCUGUGUCUGUCUCUGUGUAUGUGUCUGUCUCUGUGUGUGUCUGCCUGUGUCUGUCUCUGUGUGUGUCUGCCUGUGUCUGUCUCUGUGUAUGUGUCUGUCUGUCUGUCUCUGUGUCUGUCUCUGUGUAUGUGUCUGUCUGUGUAUGUGUCUGUCUGUCUCUGUGUGAGAGGUAGGAGGCAGUGCGGCGGAAACUCCCCGUUGAAAGGGAGGUUUACAAUGAAUUCCAUGGGAGGGGGCUGCGGGGGAGGAUACACACAUUGUUCGUUCGGUGUGAAUACAACACGCGCUUUCAUUACCAGAUAAUCAGAAACUGGAACAAAGACGGUGUUUAAUAGAACAAUUGCUUCACUGUUUUCAGCAGAUGAGGUUAAAGUGUGUGUUAAAAUGGCCAGAGUUAAUCAGGAGAUUAAAGUGUGAUCACUGGGUUAAAAUCCUCGCUGAGAUAAAACCAUAAGACACAGGAACAGGACAAGGCCAUUCGGCCCUUUGUAUCUGUUCCGGCAUUCGACCAUGGCUGAUGUAUUAUUCCCCCCCCCCACCCCAUUCCUCUGCCUUCUCCCCAUAACCUUUGACGCCCUGACUAAUCGACCCCUUUGCUUUAAAGAUGGACAACGUGCUGACCGGGGGGUCGGAGGGUGAAGGUGGAGCGUGCCGCCCACAUCUCCCCCCAAGCAGCCGGUUCAAAUCCGAAUCAGAAUCGGGUUUAAUAUCACCAGCAUACGUCUUGAAAUCUGUUGUUAUAUGGUAGCAGUAGGUUAUAUAGAUAAAGUCUAUAUAGUUAAAGCCUUAUAGUCUCAUCAGGCUGGUUUCCGUGGAUUGAAGAGACUCUCCCACACACCGCUCACACAAACUCUUCUCCCUCCUGCCGUCUGGGAAAAGGCUCCGAAGCAUUCGGGCUCUCACGACCAGACUAUGUAACAGUUUCUUCCCCCAAGCCAUCAGACUCCUCAAUACCCAGAGCCUGGACUGACACCAACUCAUUGCCCUAUUGUCCUGUUUAUUAUUUAUUGUAAUGCCUGCACUGUUUUGUCCACUUUAUGCAGUCCUGGGUAGGUCUGUAGUCUAGUGUAGCUUUGUUUUUUUUACGUAGUUCAGUCUAUGAUGCACCAUCAAUAACUCUGGGAGACGUGAGGCGAGCGAUAGGCUUUUAUUAGCUGGAAGAAAGCACCGUCAGCAGCAAGAGACCACCACACAACAUCCUGGGGACUGAGGGGGGAGCAGUGCCUCCAAUCGCCUUUAUACAGGGGUCUGUGGGAGGAGCCACAGGAGCAGUCAGCAGAGGGGCAUGUCCAGACAGGUAUAUGUAGUUCACCACAGUCUAGUUUUUUGUAUUGUUUCAUGGUCCUGAAAAACUAUCUCAUUUUUACUAUGUACUGUACCAGCAGUUAUGGUCGAAAUGACAAUAAAAGUGACUUGACUUGAUGCAUACAUGCUUUAAUGCAUUGAGUUGCUGCCACGCGAUUAGCUAAUUUGCAUAAACAAGCGGGUGAAUCUAAUAAAGAGGCCACAGAGUGUAUGUAUAUCAGUUAUUAUACAUUGUGCUUUAUACGAUUGCUUUUAUGCCAUAUUUAUUGUGUUUUUUAUGCUUAUUGGUUUUUUUUGCUACAUCGUUUCCAGAGGAACAAUAAUUUCAAUCUGCUUUACACUUAACCAUAUAACAAUUACAGCACGGAAACAGGCCAUCUCGGCCUGUUCUUAUCUUGAGAUAAGCAACAAUCUCUCAGAAGCACCCCUGGGGUCAAGGCUGACUUGCUUCUGGUGCAGGAUGCCUGUGGAUUACUUUAUUUAACAUGGGAAUGGCCACUACACGCCAGCUUCCACACGGUCACAAGUCCUUGGUCCACUAGCACGAAUGCCCAAUGAUUGCAGAAUUAACCGUAUAACAAUUACAGCACGGAAACAGGCCAUCUCAGCCCUUCUAGUCCAUGCCGAACGCUUACUCUCACCUAGUCCCACCGACCUGCACUCAGCUCAUAACCCUCCAUUGCUUUCCUGUCCAUAUACCUAUCCAAUUUUACUUUAAAUGACAAUACCGAACCUGCCUCUACCACUUCUACUGGAAGCUCGUUCCACACAGCUACCACUCUCUGAGUAAAGAAGUUCCCCCUUGUGUUACCCCUAAACUUUUGCCCUCUAACUCUCAACUCAUGUCCUCUUGUUUGAAUCUCCCCUACUCUCAAUGGAAAAAGCCUAUCCACGUCAACUCUGUCUAUCCCCCUCAUAAUUUUAAAUACCUCUAUCAAGUUCCCCCUCAACUUUCUACGCUCCAAAGAAUAAAGACCUAACUUGUUCAACCUUUCUCUGUAACUCAGGUGCUGAAACCCAGGUAACAUUCUGGUAAGUCUCCUUCCCCCUUCCUUUCCAGUCCUGACGACGGGUCUGAGCCCGAAACAUCAACUGUUUAUUCAUUUCCAGAGAUGCUGCCUGUCCUGUUGAGCUCCUCCAGCAGUUUGUGUGUGUUGCUUUGGAUUUCCAGCACCUGCAUAUCGUCUUGUGUUUGUGUCUCAUUGCCAUGCCGGUUUAUAAACCUUAUCUCCCGCUGAGUGUCAGAAACCCAUGCUCACUUGUGUGCUGAAGAGUGACAAUAAACAAUACUGACUCUCGAAUCUGUUCUGGCACAAAGUUUUUCGAGCAGAGAGUCCUAAAGCUUCUGAGAACCCAGUCACACGUACGCAGUAUUAAUUAUUGGUUUAUAUUUCGAGACUCAGCACAGGACAGGCCCUUGCGGCGCCUGGAGCCGCGUUGCCUAGCAACCCACCAGUUUAACCCCAGCCUAAUCACAGGGCAGCUUACAACCUACCAACUGGUACAUCUUUGGACUGUGGGAGGAAACCAGAGCCCCCGGAGGAGACCAAAGUGGACACCAAAAGUCCUGCAGUCGGAUCCCGGGUCCACCAGCUCUGCCGCUGCUGCCAGCCGCACGCCCAACACGGGUCAGAAGGAUUGGGAGCACCCGGCCCCAGCGCGCUGGUAAUCGGACAGAAGAACAGGGGUGGGGGCAAGAAGUCCUCACCCGCUGCGUUCCGCCAGCUUUUCGUGUGUGUUGCUUGAAUUUCCAGCAUCUGCAGAUUUCCUCGUGUUUCCGAGUUUUCACCCCCCCCCCCCCCCGCGGGCACUUUCAGAGGCAGCUUCCCCGCAGAGACUUUGACGGGCCACAGUGAGCUGGUGAAGGGACGGGGACGGCAGGGUGGGGCGAAAGGAAGAGGUUUGAAGCUCAGUGCCGCUCUGGGGGCGGCGGGAGUGGAUGCCGGGGAAGGGGUGACGCUUUGGGACGGGGAGGGCUUCCUAGGGCGCCCUUUGCCUUCAGAUGGGGAGAGGGCCUUGGCGUUGAUGGAAGUGAUGCUGUCGGGCCGCUCCCUCUACGGUGCCAGCUGCCUGCCCCCCGGCUCGGGGGAUCUGGUGAGUCGCCUCCCCCCACAGGGCAAGCCUGGCAGCAGACCCUGGACACCCCUCCGCCCCACCAGGAGAGGCAUCCAGGCCAAUGGCUGCUGCUGGAGACGGGGCCCUCACAGCCUGGCCGAGGACGGAGCUCGGCCCUUGAAGCUGGUACCCCUCCCGGGCCGGCUCACCGGCGGGAGGGGCGAGGAAGACGGCAGUGUUGGUCCCGGAAGGCCAGGGCUGCCGGCUGGUCUUUUAGCUCACAGAGAGGGGUGGAGUCCCACUCGCGGAGCUCCAGCCGCUGGGGAAGCAGAGGGUGGGUCUCGCCGCGGAGCUGGUCCUGACACAGGGGUAGGGGAUGGGCUCCAUGAUGGGGCUGAUUCUGCCACAGAGAUAGAGGGUGGGUCCUGUCGUGGAGCUGGUCCCCACACGGAGGUGGACAAUGGGCUCCACGAUGGAGCUGGUCCCCACACGGAGGUGGACAGUGGGUCCUAUCACAGAGCUGAUUCCCUUUCAGAGGUAGAGCAUGACUUCGAUCCCAGACCUGUGGCACAAAAUGGACACUCACACAGAGCCGGCUUUUCAGUGGAGGCAGGUGGAGCUGGCCAGAUAGAGGAGAAAGAGCUUGGGGCCCGUGAUAGAACUGGUCCCAGGGUGGAGCCAGGUGUUGAGCCGGGCCAAGGAGCCAGUAUAGUCAGUGAAUGCUAUCAGAGAGCGGAGCUAAAUUGUGAGCCCUGUCACGGAGCAGGCUGGGGGGGAAGCUCACAAGAUAACGAGGACUAUGUUGGCAAAGAUGGCACAUCCACAGGCCCGAUAGAACUCCAAGAACAGCAGUUCAUGGUUCGAGGUAUCGAGGACAGCGACGAGCAAGCUACAGAAACGACUUGCCUGUCAGAAACCCACCCACACACAGCCCACAAGCACUGCAGUCCCGCUUCAGGCACUGACCUGCAUCCCACAGGCCUGGUAACCAUGGCGACAGCCAGGAGGGAUGGCCAGGCCCCCGGUGCCUCCCUCCAGCAGAGCGGGGAGCCUGAGGAGGCCGAAGAUGACUUUGGGACGUUUGAGAAGGCGGGGAACCUGGUGCUCUGGGCCGAACCUGUCGGCCCCUUGUGGCUAGAGGACGAGAGGCUGUUAGGCCAGUGCGGAAACACAGCUGCAAAGAAUCAGGCGGCCGGCAAGGACACGGACCACCAUCGAUCAUGGGGACCUUGGCCCGACAAUCUCAAAGAAACUGCACAGCACAGAGCAAGCCUUCACGGGUCUCCGGACGGCACGGUGGAAAGCUGGGAGAGCAGAAGCCCGCACCUCAGCCCCUCCCUCACCUCUGGGGGCGGCUGGGCGGUCUUUGACGGUGCCUGCCAGGGCGGCGGCUUCAAUGCUUUCUCCGUGGGCGAGCGGGAGCUGGGGCAGUGCGGGGCCGGGGAACAAUGGUGGCCUGCUUCUUGCCCAGUUGCAGUGGCUUCUGAGCCUUCGCCAAUCAGGGGUUACCUGCGGUCCGUGCUACGCUCCUGUUUCCCCGCCGUCCCCACCGCCAGCAGCUCCCAGGUCGCAUUCCCCACGCUGGAGCGGGUCCUGAGUGGCACCGAGGAGCGAGGGAGCGAAGAAUUCUCCAGCGGCCGGGCCCGCGAGCUCUGGGCAUCACUGCAGGACACGGACGAGGCGGUUGGUCUCAAACACACAAGGGCGCGCUGUUGGAGCCACCGGCUGCUCUUGGCCUCUUUGCAAGUGGAUCCUGAAAACAUGGAUCCUCCCGCGGGGCAGACGGUGGCACCGGGCUCUUCCCCUCAGCUCCCCAGGGAGAGGAGGGCCGAGCUGGAUCCUUCUGCGGUGGCGGUAGGCCCAGACUCCCGGGAGUUGAUGUUGAUCAAGAACUCCUUCCCCCAGCACCAGACGAAUGGUUUCAGCCCAAGCCACAGGAUCCAGGCCUUCUUUUAUCACUGGGCACAGACCGAUAGAAGUGGGAGGUGCAAGGCUCCGUAUGACGUCAACAAGAACUUCACGGCCUAGAGGACGAGGGGCCGGAGCCGUCUGAACCCCUGUGGAACUCUGACUUUUAAAGACGUCUCCGAGCUUUGACAUCCACUGUCUGGAACGACUGACUGCCACUGGGACGACUGUGGGGACUGUUCAACCCUCUGAAAGGAAUAGAGCGAGAUUCUUGAAACGGCUGACGGCAACAUAGUGUUUCCACCUGUGUUUCAGGUGCAACUCCGUCCAAGAGGAAGGAGCAGACUUAGGCCAUUCAGCCCAUCAAAUCUUCUCUGCAGUUUGAUCGUGUGUCACUGCCCAUUAUGCUUCUGGCAUUUAGGGCAGCAAUGAAGGUCCUCCAUCUCUGGCGGUGUUCAGGGCUUCCUUCAUCCUAUCAGUAGCAUCCUCUCGGUUUUCACUACUGUCAGUCAUGCAAGUCCCGGGUGGAGACUCAAGAAUACCGUCCCAAUCAGAUUAGAAGGGUUCUUCAUUGCUAUUUCCAUAACAAUUUUGUUUGACCAGUCCGGGUUGUUAGCCCUGAGCUGAACCCCCAAAUCUGGUGGACCACUCUUAGUCUGACCUCUACCCUUUGACCUGUUUGGCAUGGGUGACCCUACCAGGAGCAUAAAGCCCUGACUCCAACCAAUGUAGCUCUCCAUGUCACUGAGGCACGCAAGCCUCCGAACCCUACGACAAGGUUGUAGGCCUCUUGGAGGUGCCAUUCCACCUUGGCUGAUGUAUUACCCCUCUCAACCCCAUUCUCCUGCCUUCUCCCCGUAAUCUUUGCCUGCCUUAUUAAUCAAGAACCUCCGCUUUAAAUAUACCCAAUGAUUUGGCCUCCACAACAACGAAUUCCAUGGAUUCACUACCCUCUUGCUGAGGAAAUUCCUCCUCAGCUCUGUUCUAAGGGGACAUCCUUCUAUCCUGAGGCUUUGCCCUCUCCCACUAUUGGAAAGCUCCUCUCCACAUCCACUCUAAUGGGCCUUUGAAUAUGCGAAGGGUUUCAAUGAGAUCCCCCCCUCGAUCUUCAAAAUUCUGGCGGGUACGUUUUCCCAAAAUCAUUCACCUCCAAAGCAGACCAGAGAAGCAGGGGUUGUUUUCUUUGAAGCAACAGCUAGGGACAGACUUAGCAGAGGUGUUUAAGAUGCUGGGAUUGGGAAGCCUAUGUCUUAUGAUCUUAUGGUCACGGGGAGAAGGUGGGGGAAUAGGUUUGAAUCAGCCAUCCUCGGACUCGAUGGGCUGAAUGGCCUAAUUCUGCUCCCAUAUCUUACAGUGUCGUGGAAGCAAUUUGUUUGGCGUGUGUUUCACGGACUGGGGACAAAGCUGAAGAUAUCCUCCAGGCCAGGGUUACUGUGAGGGAUAAAUUGCUUAUGUGGAGGGAGGCUGUGAUCUGGAAGACAUUAUCUGUGGGGCCGUUGGGAACAGAGUUAAUCAGAAAGGAAUGGGAAAAGAAGGCAAAAUUGGACUGACCUGCUAGACUGGACUCGAUGGGCUGAAUGGCCUCCUAGCUUGCUUAAUGAUCAUCCAUCAACGUGUGGGUCACAGGGCCCCCAGCUCUGACGCGAGGCAAGGAGAACAGGAUUUGUGCAGGGCACGGGUAACCGCGGCUGGGCCCUGGAGAGGGGUUCUCUGUCUCAGCGUAGCGGGCAGCGGACGGGAGGUUCCCUUCCCAACCUCCGGAAGAUCAGGCAAGUGGUUGGGAUGGUGGGCGGGCAGUCCGAGCUGAGAGCACGUUGUCGCUGGUCGGAGAUCAUCCACGGGAAGGGAAGUGAAACGGAGGAAAAGUCAUCGCCCUCCUCCUCACCGCGGACAAGCGGACUGUUAACUGCUCCAGAAGACCUGGAAUAAAGCAACGAAAGUUAGCCACGAACCACAGAGAGCCAAGUGGCUUUGACUGAACGUGCUUAAAAGUGAAAGAUUAAUAGUAUAAGGUUCCGAUACAGAGUGCUUGAAAAGUUUGAAGUUCCAAGUAGAAUUUACUAUCAGAGUACAAACAUGUCACCACAUGCAACCCUGAGAUUCCCUUUUCUUUCCCCUGCAGGAUCUACCCCUGUUAAAUAAUCUGUGUUU